AUGGCCCAAUACUACCCCCAACAACAAGGCUACGCCCCCCAAGGCUCCGCACAGAAUCUCCAGUUCUUCCCCUCGUCCUACUCCUCAGUCUCCGGCCACACAACCCCAUCACAAGCAUCCUAUGGCGGCGGCUUCGGUGGCGCUCCCAAUCCCUCAGCGCAGGCCUUCCCCGCCGCUGCUGGUUAUGGCGGCUUUGGAUCCCCGGCUGCGGGCGUUAGUGGACGGAUGGGGGAACAGGGCGGCUUGAGGACGGGUUGGUUGGCUGCGUUUGGGACGGAGGGGUACGAUGGCGAGCCGCCAUUGCUUGAGGAAUUGGGUGUUAACUUCGAGCAUAUUCGCACGAAGACUUUGACCGUUCUGAAUCCCUUCGCUUCAAUCGAUAACCACCUCAUGGACGACAGCGACCUCUACGGAGCCUUGCUCUACAUCGUCCUAUACGGAACCUUCCUCCUACUUUCCGGAAAGGUUUUCUACGGAUACAUCUACGGCGUCGCCGUCUUCGGCACCGUCGCCCUUCACCUCAUCCUCAGCCUCAUGUCUCCGGCCCUAGACACGGUCCCAGCCGCCAACGCUGCAGACCCUACCAACUACAACCCUCACCACAAACCCUCCAUGUCCAACGCCUCAGCGGCCGGCCACUUCUCUGCUACUUUGACCUUCCCUCGCUCCGCUAGCGUUCUUGGCUACUGCUUCCUUCCCUUGGUGCUUACCAGCCUCAUUGGUAUUCUCAUUCCUAUGGAUACGCUGUUCGGCUACCUCUUGACGACGGCUGCCGUUGGCUGGUGCACGUACAGUUCGUCGGGUAUGUUCUGUUCUGUAGCGCGCAUGAGUGGCAUGAGAGGCCUGGUUGCGUAUCCGUUGGCUUUGUUCUAUGUGGUUUUCGGUAUUAUGGGUAUUUUCUCUUCGCGCGGUACGGGUUCGUUGGCUGCUAAAACGGGUGCGGCUUGA